AUGUCAAACUUUCAAUCGCCCCGAACUAUUGUUGUUACCGGUGCCACCGGUAACCAAGGCAAAGGCGCUAUCCACGCUUUAUUAGGUGCUGACGAGGGUUGGUAUGUACGCGCCUUGACACGAGAUGUGAGCUCGCCCUGGGCCAAAGCACUCCUGGAUGAAUGCUCCGACGACGUGAAGGCAGAACGCCUCAGUCUUGUUCAGGGCAGUACAUAUGACCUUGACAGCAUCCGGUCGACUUUUAUUGGGGCUUAUGGUGUCUUCGCCGCCACAUCAGAGAUCUACCCUGGUAAGGUAUUGAUCGAAGAGGCGGAGAUGGCCCACGAGAUCCAGGCAGGGCGCAAUAUUGUCCUUGCUGCUAAAGAAGCCGGCGUCAAACAUUUUGUCUUCAGCAGCCUGCCUAAUAUGGACAAAGUGACAGUGGGGAAAUUUCCUGGGAUUCAUCAUAUGAACAAUAAGCAUGCCAUUGAAGAGUUUGCGAAAGAGCACUUGAGUGGUGUGACUUGCCUUAUUCCAGGAUUCUUUUACACCAAUUUGAGAUGGCCUCAGUACUCUCAACUUCGGUCGGAUGGUGUGGUUGAGUUCCGUACUGCUAUUCCUAGCGAGCAAGUGGCGCAGUGGACCGACCCAAGCUACGAUAUGGGCACUUUUGCCGCGAAGGUUUUCGAACUCGGCCCCGAGAAGACCGCCGGCAAAACGCAUCUUGUCUUAAGCGAGCCCAUCACUCCCACGGACAUGGCCCGGAUAUUUACAGAAGUCACUGGCCAGCCUGCAGUACACAAGCCCAUCAGCCCAGAGAAAUUUGGCGAGAUGACAGCCCCGUUUAUUGGCCCUGCUUUCAGGCUAGAUGCACAGAAGAUGAUGGAGUGGGCGUCUGUGAUUCCAGCCGGAAAGGUCUGCUAUGGGGCUAUGGAGUAUAAGAAGAUGGAGGACUCUCCUAGGGAGUUGGGGCUAAAAGCUAGUACUUUCGAGGAGUGGCUAAGACGCAGCGGAUGGAAGGGGCCUAAAUAG